AUGGGUGGAAGAGUGUACGAUCCAAUUCAUGAUGUCUUUCAGGACACUACAUCUAGUUCAACAGGGACAGGGAAAGAGGCAGAGGUUUCAGGGAGCACAGAUACGCUAUCUACCACCAGCCGUCCAAUACCAGUCACUUCAUCAAUAGCCAUUACGUUAAAUAGUGACGACGACGAUGAUGACGUGGAAGAGGGUGAAGAAACAAACGAUGAGAAUGAUGAUACCAAAUUGAAUGGUGAAAAUAUCGAUAACAAAGAGGCUAAUAUUAUUGAUAAGAAUACAAGUUCUAUCAGUAAAUUUUCUACUCAAAGGGAGUAUGCACCAAUGAUCAGUGCUCUUAGAUACAAUAGACAUUUAAAGAAACCAGAUGGUGAUUAUUUCAGUCGUAAAGAUUUACAAUUUAAUUUCUUAGAGACUUUACUUGAUAAUAAAAGAUUACUUUUCACCAAUGUAUUCAAAGAUUAUUAUUUGAAUUCACUUGUUAAUACCCCCUCAAUGUCACCUUCAGCAACUACAACAUCAUCAUCAUCAUCAUCAUCAUCAUCGUCUUCCAAUAACGAUACUUCCAUUAAGAAUAUUACUACAGGACAUGUUGUGAAUGUUGGAGAUAAGGACUACGAUGCUAGGAAAUUUAUGAAUCAUGACAAACUGACAUUUUCUCAGUUAUAUAUCCUAUGUUUAGGAACAUCGUCAAAAUCUUCAAAGAUUCUUAGAGAUAAAUUGUUAUCAGAUCGUCAAGUAGCAUUUUCCACUUGUCUCCUAGGGUUUUUACUUAAUAUUGGUAGGUUAAAUACAACAAUCAAUUUUUAUAUUGCAAUGACUUCACAAUUAAGGACAUUUCAUGCGAUACCAGCUUUACAGCAUGGGAUUUCAGAUCCAAAAUCACUUCAAGAUACUCCAAGGUUGAAAUCUAUUCUUAAAGGUUUACCUAUUGGGAAUGAACCAAUUUCCAUAAUGGAUCUAUAUCAACCUGGUCAUACAUGGAAAUCCGGUGUACCUAACAUUAUCAAUUUGUUGUUCGCCAUUUGUGAUAACGUAACUUUAGUGAACUCACGAUUUUUCGAUAAGAAGUAUCUGGAAUGGGAUAGUUCGAACGAUGGGAUGGAUUUAUUGUCAUUGUUCAAUGUCUUGGACCAACCAAGGUUUAAAGUCGAUGACAGAACAAAUCUUUUGUUAUGGUUAGUCUAUAUCCACCUCGAGACAGAUCUAUCUGAUGAGGCAAUAACUAAAUCACUAAAACAAUUUGGGAAACCAGUUAAAAACUCUAAAACCGGUAUAGAAUCAUGGAAGAUUAUCCUAACAGAAAAUGAUAAAAAUCAGGAUGAAGAAGAUGUGGAUCUUCCAGAAGAAAUAACAUUUGGUUUACAACAAAGAGAUAAAAGGAAAGAAUUUCUAGAUAAAUCACAAAAGGAAAGGAUUAAAGAAGCAAAGGAGAAAGUGGUGACUCUUGAUAGCACUUAUAAGAACGUCAUUGAUAAAGGGAAAAUCAAGAUAGAGAUGAUUACAUCUCCAAAUCCAGAUCCUCCUAAAGUGUCAUAUACUACAGACACUGACCCUCAUAUUAACACUCCGAUUCCAAUAGUACCAAACUCUCCCCCUUCUCAGCCCAAGCAAAUUACCGGUAGUAAGAUCGCCAAUAUAUUAAAUCCUGUAGAUAGUGAUGAGUCCCCUAUAAGGUUGGUACCCAAAAGUGAAAUUUUGACCCCGUCUAAAGUAGUUAAAGAGAAUGCCAUUCCAAAACCAACCAAAUUUUCCACUGGGAAGUUUGAAGUAGCCUCGAUUAAGAAGAAGAGAAAGAGAAGAACGAAAGCUGAAAUGUUGCACGCAAAGAGAUUAGAUGCUGAGAGAAAUGGCUCGGAUGUAAGUAAUAGUAAAGAUUCCACCCCUACUAGACCAUCUACUACAUUACAUUACAAUUCAGAGACUCCAACAACUCAAUCUCCAGUUCCUAUAGUACAGACACCGUUACGAGACUUCCGUCAAAGUACAGAAUAUAAAUCUGCAGCUAUGAAGAUAAACGAAGAAAGAGUAAGUAAGAUGAUACGAUUGGAUGCUACGAAACAACUUGCAGGUGUGGAUAAGACUCAGAAGGAGUUUGUUGAGGAUUUGUUGGAGGCACACAAGAUCGUUAGACAAAAGAGAAAAGAAAUUGGUUUGAUUAAAAUAUUUAACGAAUAUGAGGACAUUACGAUGGCUUCAGUAAUAGGUAUCCGUGGUAAGAAGAGAAAGAAGUUCCAGGAUGAACUUCUAGGGUUUGAAACUGAUUGUCUGAGAGAUUUUAUGGGAGCUAAAAAGGUCAUGUUAGAAAAAGUAGUUGGCCAACAAGAAGACAGAGAUAUAGAUAAAAAUUUCUUCAAAUUGUAA